AGACAGUGAUGGAAAACAUAUGAGCAAUAACAAGCCUUAAUCUCGCUCCUCAGUACUAAAAUGGGAUAAUCUGGAGAAGCCGUUUAUUCCAGUGUCACCCAGGGUGCCAGCUGCACCGGGGAGUGCUGGGGGGCAGGCAUCCCCAGGACACCUUCGCAUCUUCUCUCCUUCAGAAAACAGGACAACGCUGACAUUCUACUGCCCUUACCCUUGGUGUGUGCUGGAAAACAACACUGUCACAGGACUGCUCUAGCCUUACAAGGUCUGAGAAGACAUGAAGGAGUACGUGCUGCUCCUGCUGCUGGCUUUGGGCUCUGCCAAGCCCUUCUCCGGCCCUUCGUAUCUGACCCUGAAGAACAUGAUGCUCAAAGACAUGGAGGACGGGGACGACGAUGACGACGACGAUGACGACGACAAUGCUCUCUUUCCAACAAGGCAGCCGAUGAUGCCCUUCUUUCCUUUCGAUCUGUUUCCCUCAUGUCCCUUUGGCUGCCAGUGCUACUCAAGGGUGGUCCACUGCUCCGACCUAGGUUUGACAUCGAUCCCAAACAACAUUCCGUUCGACACCAGACUGAUAGACCUUCAAAACAAUAAGAUCAAGGAGAUCAAAGAGAAGGACUUCAAAGGACUCUCUUCUCUUUAUGGCCUCAUCUUAAACAACAAUAAGUUAACCAAGAUCCACCCCAAGGCCUUUCUGCCCGUCCAGAAGCUUCGAAGGCUCUACUUGUCCCACAACCUGCUCACCGAGAUCCCUAUCAACCUUCCCAAGUCACUAGCAGAGCUCCGGAUUCACGACAACAAAGUGAAGAAGAUACAAAAGGAGACCUUCAAAGGGAUGAAUACUUUACACGUCCUGGAAAUGAGCGCCAAUCCUCUGGAAAAUGAAGGAAUAGACCCAGCGGCCUUUGAAGGCGUGACUGUCUUUCACAUCAGAAUUGCAGACGCAAAGUUGACCUCUGUCCCAAAAGGCCUCCCAUCAUCUCUACUGGAGCUUCAUUUAGAUGACAACAAAAUUUCCACUGUGGAACUUGAAGAUUUUAAACGAUACAAAGACCUACAAAGGCUGGGCCUUGGGAACAACAAGAUCAAAGACAUUGAGAACGGCAGUCUUGCAAACAUUCCACACAUACGAGAAAUCCAUUUGGAAAAAAACAAACUGAAAAAAGUUCCCCCUGGAUUACAGGACCUGAAGUACCUUCAGGUGAUCUUCCUCCAUUCCAAUAACAUCACCAAAGUCGGAGUCAAUGAUUUCUGUCCCACGGUAACAAAGAAGAAGAAGUCCUUAUACAGUGCGAUCAGCCUAUUCAAUAAUCCCGUCAAAUACUGGGAAGUGCAGCCGGCCACCUUCCGGUGCGUCCUAAGCCGCAUGAGCGUCCAGCUCGGGAACUUCAGAAAGUAGUGCUCAGGAAGGAUCGAGAAGCCAUGCACCCAAAAGUGUUGCUUUCAGGAUACUUGAAGUCUGCUAAGGUUGGACAGCUCUCACCCCCACUUAGUCUUUGAUUUGGACGUUGUAAAUAGGGCACACAAUUUGACAGGUCCUUCCUCGAUUUACUUGACAAAAACUAUGGCAGAAUUUUACAAAAAUAUUGGCACACACCAGCAAUUAGGGGGACAUCUCGGCUUCUUUUUACAAAGAUCUUGUCAAAUGACAUGCUUCAAAAUUUCUUUCUUUUUUUUUGUUUUUUUUUUUUUUUUUUACUAAAAAUGCAAGAUAACAGGCAAAGACUUUGCCCUUACGGCUUUUUACUAACCAUUUUUAAAAAGGAGAAUAAUGCAUGUGAAAUGUUUGAAUUCCGUACAGGUCAAUUCACUGUUAGAAAAACAGAAUUGACAAGGACAAUGACAUGAAGGGCCUUGUUCUAUCACUGAUGAAUCAGGAAGUACUGUAAUGUUCUCUUUCUAACGGCAUAAGCAGGAUUGAGUAUUAUGAAAAGAAAAUCCUCCUGGGCUCCCAACAGGGGGUGUCUGAUCCACAAUGAGUCCCACAACAUCCAACAAAGGUCACUGCACCUUGCCAACUUCCCAGCAAUGAAAGGUGGGCUUGGACUGGGUCACAUGUUUGUUCUUAGGAUAAUUACAGAACUAAGUAGAAAAACCAUAUAUAUAUAGGGAGUUAGUGAGUUUCUACUAGAGCAACUCUAUAAUCGCCUUCUCCAUUAUACGAGUUAUCUUUGUACGCUUUUAUGUCAUAUUGCUAGACCAUGUGCAAUUAAUUACACAGUGUAACCUCACUACCUGGGGCAUCUUUGAGGGAGAUCCGUUGCCUUCCCCCGGUCAGAGGAGCCCAGAUUCUAGACCAUGGGGUAUGUGGUAACCAAAGAUUCCCUCCAAGCUGAUCAAACUAGGUAGCAUUAAAAGAUAUUUGUUUUAAGAGAUUUGGUAGCUUAUGUAAAAUAUACAAAUAUUUAAAGUUCUCUAUAAAUAUCAGGAAUAUUUUCUAUAUCUCCUUACCUGUAUAUUUAUUAGCAGUAUUCAAGAUAAGUUAAGUAAUGUUUGAGAAUAAGGGAUACAUUAUUAAAAAUGUUUGAUUCAUAUCCAA